AUGUUGAAAUUUUUGAAGGAAAAAGAAGAGCUGACGGAGUUCAACCAAAGCUGGUUCAAUGACUUCGACAAGGAAACAGUAGCAAUAGACAGCAAGCAGAAAACGGUGCGUUUCACCUGCACGGAGCCAGAAGUAAUUGACAAGGCGACGUUCACUACUGCCGAGAAAGCGAUAGACACAGGGAUUUCGUCGCCACCCACGCCGGCUUGCGGACAGUCGCUUUUAUCGCACACUGAGCCAGCCACAUCCCCACAACUUCCUCCUAAGCAACCAGAGAGGCUUGCCCAGCUGCCGUAUCCCUACAAAAGCGCUGAGAAAAAUGAAGAAGACACAGACUAUCUUUCCGAAUUUACGAACUUGAAAUUCGCCAAUCUCCCUGGCGAAGACCCUAAGAAAGAAGAACCAGAAGAAAAAGUAGAAACAAGUCCAGAUAAAGAAGAGGCACUGAAAAAACAGAUAAGACAUCUUCAGGACGAGCUAGGCACUAUCAAAGGAUAUAUUUCCGAGAAAAUGCAAAAACAGACCGAGGCACGACAAAUUCUACAGUCAGAAAUCGCGGAACUAAUCCGUCACUCGGAAAAAGUCCAAACGGAAAACACAACCUAUCGACAACUGCUAGGCAUUGAUAGCCGCUACAAAUCUUUGUGA